GUACAGGAUUGUGAUGUAACACAGCACUCAGUGGAAACAACACAGCAUCAGAUUAUCCAUCUGCAGCAACAAAUGUGAAGUCAUUUGUUGAACAGUAUUUACAAUGACAAAUACAGAAUUUCCAUUCAUGGCCUGAAUACAUGCUUCUUCUCACUAUGUUCAGCCUAUAUCUGUUCUGGUGGGAGAUGACAUGAGGGAAUUUCUAACUUGCAAGCGCACAAAGAUUUCUUCACCAAGAGAAUCUAUCAGACUCUAGGAUCCCUAUGACUUACCCUCACGUUCCGCCGCCAUGGCACAUGCUAUUGAAAUGGAUGACGGUGAGAUGACCAAUGAUGACUACCCCAGUAGUUCCCGGAGGGACUCCUCAAUUAAAGCUCGCCACUUAUUUCGAAAGCUGAACAGACCAGGAAAUGGUCACCCGAAAGGCCUGCGAGCCACCUCUCCCAUGGGAAGGGUGAUUUUGAUAAAUUCUCCCUUAGAAGCCAACAGUGAUGAAAGUGAUUCAAUCCUCGCUAUCACAGUGGAUAAAACUCCUGAUGGAAGAUUGGGCUUCAGUGUCCGAGGAGGUUCAGAACAUGGACUGGGGAUUUUUGUCAGUAAAGUGGAAGAAGGAAGCAGUGCUGAUCUAUCUGGGCUCUGUGUUGGAGACAAGAUUGCUGAGGUGAAUGGUAUAAGUUUAGAAAGUAUAACUAUGGGAAGCGCUGUCAAAGUUCUUACCGGGAACAACCGUCUACGUAUGAUGGUGAGACGGAUGGGAAAAGUGCCAGGGAUUAAGUUCUCAAGAGAAAAGACCACAUGGGUAGAUGUUCUGAAUAAGAGAUAUAUAGUAGAGAAGGGCAGUUCGACGCCAUCAGACAGCAGCUCUGAAGAUGGGAUGAGAAGGAUUGUUCAUCUCUACACGUCCUCCGAUGACACCUGCUGGGGGUUUAAUAUUAGAGGAGGGAAGGAAUUUGGACUUGGGAUCUUUGUUUCCAAAGUUGAUCCAGGUGGAAUCGCAGAAGAGAGAGGCAUAAAAGUUGGAGAUCAAGUUCUUGCAGCCAAUGGAGUAAACUUUGAAGACAUAAGCCAUAGUAAAGCGGUCGAAGUGCUAAAGGGGUUAACUCACAUCAUGCUCACAAUCAAGGAGAUGGGGAUGUACCCUGCGUACAAGGAGAUGAUUGCAGAGUAUUGUUGGUUUAAUCGAUUAACCAAUGGCCAAUUGCAGCAACUAUCUCAAGCAUCAGAAACCAGCUCUUCCAUUUCUUCCUAUUCAUCUGGACCUCCUCCAGGUACCAUGAAUGGAUACCAUCAAGCGCUCAUUUCCAGCCCAGCCAUGUAUGAACCAGGAUUGAUUGAUGUUGGCAUUUCUACUGAAGCUUUUCUUGAGACCAAUUACUUGGACAAGUCAGAAACUGCCAUACAAACAGAUGCUCACAUGUCUCCACCAGGGCUACUGGAUCCAGAAAGAUCUCACAACGUGGGGAUGGUCAUAAGUGACACCAAGAGAACUGUGCACCCCACUGUUCGUCUAAAAGACACUGCCAUAAGAUCAGAGAGUUUUCUUGAAAACCAAUUUAAGAAGAAGCAGAGGAAACCAUCAGGAGAUUUUCCCAGCUCAGAAUCUCCAAAAACUUCUUUGUUAUUAGCACUUAGUAAACCUCGAAAGCCCAUCAAAAGAUCUCAAAGUUAUAUUACUCUGUGGGAGGCCAAAAAGAAGAAGAAAGAGAAGCGCUCCACUCCGGAAAUUUCAGGCAUACAGCGGUCCAAGACAUUUAUGAACUUAUUUUUUAAAGGCAGCCUUGGAAAACUAAAUGGAACCAGCAAUAAGGAGACCUCUACCCCAGAUUCUAAGAGAAGAAGCAAGUCUCCCUCACGGGGUGAUGCAGAUAAAGUUAAUAUUGUUCAGAAAUUUAUGAUCAGAAGCCUGAAGAAGGGUAAAGAGCGGACCCGUCCUUUUUUCUUUGGUGCACAACGGGAUCUGAAUGCACUCUACAAUGGAGACAUGUCUUUGGAGGAUCGAUUGGCAAUUACAGAAGACAUGGCCCGAAAACUGCUCAAUGAGGAUGAGGUCGCUGCAGUACUGCGCCAUUGUAGAAGGUAUAUACAAGAAGGAGGGAUUGAAGAUCUGGUUAGACCAUUGCUUGCAAUCCUAGACCGUCCUGAAAAGCUUCUCCUUUUACGGGAUAUCAGGGGAUUGAUAGCACUCACUGACCUUGGACGCUUUGACAGCAUGGUUAUCUCCCUGGAGAUGGAAGCUUAUGAUGCCCUCAAGAGCAGAUCAGUGACGUCUCCAGCACUCCGUCCGACUGUGUCCAACUCUUAUCCCAAGAAACAUCUCGUCACCCCAAUCCCAGAUCACAGAGGAACUUUUCAGCUUAAGCCAGUAGAAGACAUAAACGAUGAUAAAACCCUGACAAAGGAAAUGGAAAGGUUACAGGUUACCGAUACUAGAAAGAUAAAACGGACACAGUCUAAAAACUUUAUCCCACUUGAAGAUGUGCCAGUCGAUUCACAUGAUGCCCAAAAUAUUCCUUUAAGUACGUCUUCCUCUAGGUCUGUAAAGCCAAACUGGCUUCUUACAGAACCUACAAAGUCACCUCCUGAUUUAUCCCCCUCAUCUUCGCCCAAUGACAACAAGUCUUUGUCUUUGAGGAGUAGAAAAGAUCAUAAAGACUUAAGUGAGAACUCAAAGGCAUCAAGAACUACACGCAGCCGAUCUAGAGAAAAAAAGGACAAUGCUUAUUCCGUACUCAACAAACCCAAGAAAUCCAGGCCAAUCUUAUCUCAGAUAUUUGGAGGUGUCUCUCUGAGUCCUUCAAAUCUUGAAAUCAAGCUGAAGCCUGUGAAACUAGAGAUGGAAACCAACCAUGUAGAAUUUGAUCAGGUGGCACAAAACGGCUUCAGCAAUGAGAAGGAGGAGGAAUAUGAGAUUGUGGCUGUGAGAGUUUCCAAAAUGAAGCAGUCUUUGGGAAUUAGCAUUUCUGGUGGCAUUGAAUCUAAAAUACAACCAAUGGUUAAAAUAGAGAAGAUCUUUCCAGGAGGAGCGGCCUUUGUCAGUGGUAAACUACAGGCUGGAUACGAGCUGGUGUCAGUUGACGGAGAGACACUGCAGAAUGUGACGCACCAACGGGCAGUGGACGUGAUUCGCCAGUCUUACAGCAACAAACAAAAGGAGCCAAUGGAGCUAGUGGUUAAAAUCCCAAAGAAAACUGAACAAGGAUAACAAUGUACUUCCUCUCAUAAUGUCACCAGGAACUGAGUAACCUACAAAACCUUCUAGCCAUUGCUAGGACAACACCAUCUUAUCACUGCAAGUGCCUAAUGUGUUUCCCUUAGUCUUCCUGCUAAAACCCUGCACUUCCUGGACUGUCCUAUCUGAAUCAGCUCCAAGAACUACACUGUCUCUUGUAUAUUAGGACAGAGCUGAAGACAGACGCUGAUCUUUAUUUUUAAUAAUGAUGUACAUACUUUUGUAGAAUGUAAUAAAAGUUUUUAUG